AUGGAGAAGCCAGGAUAUGGUGGGUCCUCUGGGGUGGAAUUCCAGAUUUCCAGGCGUCUCCCGGUAGAAGCUGUAUUCAAUUGUGCUGAUAAUACAGGAGCCAAAAAUUCGUUUAUCAUCUCUGUGAAGGAAUUCAAUGGAUGGCUGAAUAUACUUCCUGAUGCUGGUGUGAGUGACACAGUGAUAUCCACAGUUAAGAAAGACAAACCAAGCUGGCGAGGCAAACCAGAACUAAGAAAAAAAAGAAAGUCACAUGGAAGAAAAGACGGAUGUGAUCUUUAUCUUGAAGAUAAUAAUAAAGUAAACAAUAAAGGCGAGAUGAAAGGUUCUGCUAUCACAGGUUCAUUUGCAAAGGAGUGUGCAGACUUGUGA